AGUUUUUUAAUUUUAUUUAUUAAUAACAAAAGGCUGCGGAACGAAUCGAAUGAGAUGAAAUGUGCCAGAGUCGUGACUUGCUUUGUUUUGUGAGGCGUUAGGGCCUGGAGGACUCAAAGUUUUCGUAACACGGGCCUAGAAACGGUGCCGUUUUCCGUCAGUUUUUCUAGACGGAAGGAAGAAUAAAUUAAGUCUGAUUUUUAGAGUUUGGGGAGGCAAUGGAGACUGAUUAUCAAAAUUAUGUCGAGUCAUUGUCCGGUGUAUCUUCAGAUGACGAUGAUAUGUCCACAGUGGACAGUUCGGACGAGACUUCAGAGGAGCCGACCCCCUCGCCAGCGCUCAACACGCGAACCCGAAACCUGGGCCAAAUGCUGUACGACAGGGAGCGCUCUGGAUUCUUCUCGGGCACAUCACGUGCUGGCCAAAAGCAGCAACUUCCAUAUGACCGGGUGCCAAAUAGAUUAAAAUUGUAUCUCAAGGACGUAAUAGCCAGCAAUGUCAUGGAGGGACACAUAUUCAUGGGAUUGACUGCCUGCGGCCAGUACAUGCUCAGCCAUCGGGUCACCUGUAACGAAGGACUUAAUCACUACUCCUUCAACAUGGGCUACAAGUACACUCUUUACUUCUGGAUCUUCCAGCCGUACAAAAAGCUGCGUUACUUCUUUACGCGACGCCUCUUUGAUGAUCAUGUCGUGGACAACAUUAAGACUGUCAGCAUGACUCAGUGGAAGAAUGCUGGGAAGCAAAUCUUGGUUGUGCAUGGCGCUGCCACGGAGGAGAGCGAAGAUAGCUAUAUAACAUAUGUUAAAGUUCCUAAGCUUGGUUGUUUGGAGUGCAAAAAACUUAACGAUGACGGUCCAUAUUCCUUCUACAACGCGCACUGCCUGAAUUGCCAUUUUACUGUGCAUACCAAGUAUUCUUCGACUGAAACGGAUCCCGGAUUCCAGCCAAAAAUAAAUCUGCUUUGCCCCGAGCGCAUUCUGAUCAUUUCCAAUGGAUUUAUGCACAUGCUCCGCAUAGAUGUUGACACGCCGGCCGUGUCCACUAGCAGCUACUUAACUCAGCAAAGCCUCGUCCUGCCCUAUCCUCAGCAGUCACAGUCACAGUGCUUCCUCCUGCCACGCACUUUGGGGCCCAGCGAGGAGGAUCGCGCCUCCAUAGUCUUUACAGGCUCCGGCUCGGAGGCUGAGUCGGGCAAUGAGCAGAGUGUGGUGGCACGCAUCAUAGCUGAUUUUAGUGAUAUCGAAACGGAGCAGACUCAGCGCUCGGGCCAGUCCAGUAAUCAUAAUAAUAAUAAUAACAACAAUGAGCUGCAGGUCAACAGCAUUUGCUGCUCGCCGCGAUCCUAUGAGAAGCACGUUUUCACACCUAACUGUAGCGCCGCAAUGGGGUCCAGCAUGACGCUGCCGGAGACCACGUUGCCCGUAGCCAAGCAGAGCCCAGUCAACGGAGAGUCGGGUCAAUCGCGCAAACGUAAUCAGCGGAUAGUGACCAAGUCCUAUCGCAACGGCAUCACUACCAUAGAUGUGCAGAGUACUCCCAGUUCCACUUCCAUGACGGACAAAUCGAGCGCCUAUGAGUUUUCCGAGGACAAUGAGAAAUACGAGAAGAUUUCCACAUUUCGUAAGCGUCGACUAGCCGACAAGAAGUACGAGUUUUCUGAGGACAACGUGGAGAAUAUCAUACCAUUCACCAAAGUGCGCUCGGCUGGUCGCGCCUCGGCACCAAAUUUUAGUUCCUCCGCCGGCAGCUCUACGGCCCGCAGUUUUCAUCGCUUCUCGCCCACGGCGCACUUCUUUCAUAACUCGCCAUGCGCCUCACCGUCCUCUUCACCACAUCCGUCACAAACACCACCGCAUCUCGGCUUUCGAUCGCCGCCAUCCAGCUCGAACCUUAUGCGAUCGCCGAGCCGCGCAGCUAAUUCGGCUGCGGCUGCUGUCGCAGCUCAAAUCUACAACCAGAAGUCGCCGCCGCUCUCGCAGGCCACACAGCAGAUGCUCAGCUACAAGCCUGUGGGACCCUUGGGGGCGCUCUCUCCGCUACAGGUGUCCAUGGCCAAGCGUUUCGAGAUUGGUGGCUCUAUGUCGCCCAAUGCGGGCCUGUCCUUUCUAUCACCCCGACGCGAUGAACCCCGCAUUGUGGAGAUGCCUGUGCAGGGCGGAGUAAUGCCAGAGAAGCCGGUAUGCACCAAGAAGCUGAGACGCCGCUAUGUGGAAGAGGACGAUGCCACUUCGGUUAUCACCAGCGAGGAGGAUGACUGCAUAUCGCCGGGAUAUCACACAUCGCUGCCCAUGGAAGUACACGGCUCGUGCUAUUCGGAAAUGCAAAUGAUUUCGCACGCCUCCUAUCAGCGCCUGCGCUGCAGCAGUGUGGUAAUCACCCAACACUCGUUCGAUCUGGAGACCUUCACGUACUAUGUGAUUAGUUUGUUGUGCCAGAAGCACCACAAGAUCUACAAUGUGUUCUACGAUUGGGCCUACGAGGUGAUUAGCGUCUGCCCGCUGAGCCAGACGGUCAGCUGCCUGCUCAUGGCCCAGUUCUCGGCACGAGAUCAGCUCUACGCUCCGUUGACAAACUGCCUGCACUUCACCGGCCGCAUAGACUGUAUGUGCCACAAUCGCCAGUACGAGUGUCGCAUACUGUUCACCUGGAACAUGGAGAGCGGCCAGUGGCAGGUCCUGGACUACGGCGAGCUUCGGGAAAUGCACGAGCUCUUCAAUCCUCUGAAGCGUCUGUGCAAGGCGCGCCUGACCUUUCCCCAAAUGGCCAAGAAGAUGGCCAAGGAGAUGACGGAGAGCUUGAACAAGCUCCCCGACUACGCCUCCAAUCUACGUGUGCUCAACUCGGAUAUUAAGAAGUCAAAAUCGUAUAUCUGCGAUCUCGACAACAUGGUGGAGUUUCACCUGAAACGCACACCCCAAGGGACGCUCUGAGCAGCUCUGAGAAUCUGCGGAUUCACUUGCUCUCUGCCAAGAUUUUUUUUCGUACAACUCGCAACGGUUGCGUGCAUCUAGUUCAGUUCUAAACCCAACAAAAAACGUGCUGUAUUUAGUCUUUAGUUACCUACAUACCUACAUAUAUGUAUAUCUUACUUAGUGCAACGAAACGCUUUUGCAAACGGUCCUAAUUUCGACUGAAGUCAUUUAAGUAAUCUACAAUCUAGGUUCUAGUGGAAUUUCGUAAGGAAAGGGGGCUUGGGCCAAGGGCUCUGGCUCUGGCUCAGGCUCUACUCAUCAUACAUUUAUACUUACAAUAAUUGUAUACUUUUGAUAUUUGAGAUUGCAAUUCAACUAUUACUUUAAUAUUAGUUAGUAACUCUACGAGCUACGGUACUAACGAUGCCAGUACUAAUUUAGUUAGUGGCCGCCCUUCUCCUCUGGAGGGUGUGCAUAAAAAAUAUACAACUUUAAUCAAAAUAUAUUUCCAAAAAAUA